CUUUACUUUCACUUUGAAAAGUAAUUCGCUGGCAGUGUUUUCUUUACGAAUAGAGAAUGUGCAUCUCAUUGAACACUCCAGUUUCAGAUUAGCGGCAGAACUAGAGAUCGUCUGAGACUGGUGCUGGAAAAAAAAAUUAUGGGAGGAUUUUUCAGUGUAGUAGCUGUUUACCUAGAUGGAUGGUUCCGGCGAUUUUUUGGGUACACUCAAACACUAUCAUUUACUUCGCAAUCAACAGAGGCACUGAUAAAGGAAUUUUGUGAAUGUGAUGAAGUAAGUGCUAAAAAUUUCUAUAGUCAAAUUCUAACUGAAAUCAAACUUGCAGUAUCAAUUGAUGAUUUGAACAGAUUUAGAGUCUUGCUUGAUGUUUUGAACUCUAUUAACACAUAUAAAAUCCCUGAAAAAGUGCACGAUUAUAAAUUACAUGCUUAUAAACUUCUUGGAAAUAUUAACUUGAUAAUUCUAGCUUGCAAAUCAGUUGCAAUCAAAGUUCUAGAGCAUUUGUGUUCGAACGAUAACAACGUAUAUAAUUUACCUUUUCUGAUUGAUGGUAACUCAAUUUCUCCAGAAAACACCGACGAGGAUGGCCAUAAUGCUUUUUACUAUGCAAUCCGUUCAAACGCAAUCAAAUGUCUAAAAUUACUAACUGAAAAAUGGCCGAAUUCUUAUUUUGAAGAAAAUUCUGAUGCAAUGGACGAUAUUCUAUCAAACGAAUACAAUGAACUGAUGAUUAGGAGAGUGCCUUUAAGUAAAGAUAUGGAAUUGUUCCUUAAGAAAAUAUUAGUGGACCUUCGAUUUUUUCAAGACAAUACAGCAAAAAAGAGCAUCCAAAACUCUACUGAGGUUCAAGAUCGAAAAACUCUCUUCUUCACUCGAAUGGACUUUGUUUUGGAAAAAAUUGCUAAUAUUACAGAUCAGUUCUGGAACAAGGACCCGGACGAGCAAUUCAUACUUGAAGCGAAAUUCAUUGCGAAAAAUCUGCAUGUGUUGAAAUCUCAUUUCUCUACAACUAAAUUCACUUAUGAUAAGUUACCAUGGGAAGAAAUAGAAUUCUGUUUGAUUAUCUUCAAUCGUGCCUGUAUGAAUCGCUUCGAAUCGGAUCCACUUUAUCAUUUCGUGUUGAAUAAAAAAAGAAUACUGACACACCUGCGAAAUUUUUCAGACAGAUUAUAUGCUUUGAAAGAAGAAUUAGCAAUUUUGAACUUUGACAACAUUCCCAUGCUGCAGCUGCUGCAGAGGCAAAAAGUAAUUGAAAACGAAGAGAAUGCAAUUUUUAAAGAUUUGUAUGAAGAUUUCGCUCAAGUCAGAGAUUUAUAUACUUUGGAGGCCAUAAGAAAGAAUGUUGAUUUGGCUUUGUCGGUCGAUGCUACACAAAAAGACGGCCAACUAUUAAUCAUCAGAGUUCUUCAAGUAAUUGGAGAAAAUUUUAAAAACACAUUGGAUUCGCCCAAAUUAACAGAUGGAACAGCUAAACUUCUUUUUUCUGCUUUACAAAGUGGAACUAAAGACAUAAUAUCGCGACUCAGGAACGAUUUGUCGCACGUAGAAGCACUUUCUGUGAGAUCUGAGAUGGAAGAAAAUGCCCAUUCUUUCUUUACCGAUUUGCAAACCGACAUCGCCCAAAUGAACAAGGUACUAGCCGAUGUUAUCCGCAGGAACAAAGCAGGUAUAAUCAAAACUGUUUUUAAUAAAAUUCAAAGAUGCGAAAGCUUUGACGGUGUGAAAGAAAUUUUAAGGCAAAAUCACAUCUCGGUAUUGAGCUUCCAAAAAGAAGUAGAGGAAUCAAAAAAUUUAAAUAUGAUAGAUAUGGUACAAUUUGAAAAGUUAAUAUCGCAUCUUCAGAUGGAAACUGAUAAGGAGAUUUCUUACACAAAAGAAGCACUUCGCCAAACGCGUGACAUAAUCCAAGGUAAACACGUUCAAGCCUAUAAUGAUAAGAAUAUUUCUCAUAUAAUCAUACCUUUACUAUAUUCUCUACAAAAUGACAAUUCAGAAGAUCUGCCAUAUGCAACUAGUGAGAUCGUACCUUUCAGUAUUUUCUAUACGGAUAUCAGAUUAUUUGAAAAAGUGCUGGCCGAUAUUCGUUUCAGAAGCGAAUUAGAAGAAAUCAAAUCUGGAUUAGAAAAUUGUCAGUGGGAACAAUUCCCAGAAAUAAAAAAAUUUCUUUCCCAAAUUACAGAAAUUGAAAAUGAAAAUCUUAUCAACGUGAAAGAUAUCGAACAGCUAUCAAAAUUGAUUGCACGUCUUGAAGAAAAAAUUGACAAGGAAUCGGAGCACCUAAAAGAAAUUUUCCAUACAAUUUACGGUAUAGUUCAAACUGAAAAGAGUCGACUUAAAGAUAUGCAAGAAGAAUUCAGUGAUCUUAUAUCUUUUUUUAUGGAUGUCAUAUCUAUGAAGAAAGAACAAAGCUCUGACGUGGAUUUACGCAAUUUAAUUCAAAAUAUUAAAACUAAAUUUUCAUAUCUUUCACAAUCUUCCAACUUGAAUAUUUUUAUGGAUCAGCUGUAUUUCAUUUUAAGAAGCAUUUCUUCUCAGAUGGAACCAGAAAUUAGUGGAAGAAGAACAAGCUUGCGAAAUACUAUUCUAAAUAUCUUUAACUUUGUAGAAUUCCGUAUGGGUCAAAUUAAAUGGAUUAAAGAAUUCAAACACGUGCUUCAACCUGAUCAAAAAACGAAACAUCGAAAGCCAAAAAAUUUCGAUAAAGACAUAGAAGAUCAAUUCACGAGUAAACUUGCCUUACUGGUAAAAAUUGUGACAGAUAAUCACUUAGAUGAACUCUCUACUGAAAAAUUACAAUCUUGCGAAAAAGAUCCAAAGUUGAGAUCCUUAAUUGAAAUGUUAUUUUUAGAUUCAAUGACUACUUUAGAAUGUUUCCCAAAUUUCUUAGCACAUAAUCCAUUUUAUUUAGAUGCCGUUUAUCCUAUUGUAAAUGGUAAAAACUUAAGAAAUCACAUAGCACAUGGAAAUACUUUAGUGAGUGUUUUCAUUGGAGAAGAGUUCACAAAUGUUUUAUUGCACGUAAAAAGGAGUAUAGCGACUAAAUUUAAUAUUGACAAAAUAAAAGAUAAAAAAAAGGAAGCCCAAAAUCCAAGUGGAACGAAGAAAAAAAAUAACCCUAACGAAUUAAAAAAGUCUCAAAACAAAAAUGUACCGAUCCAUGUAGAUCAAGAAAAGAAAAAUAUUGAAAAGCAAACUGAUAAAAAAGCAAAGAGUAAUUCUACCAAGAUAUCUCAGGAUAGAAAUUCUUCAACUAGUACAGAAGAGAGCAAAGACGGCAAGCGAAUUAAUCAGAAGGAAAAGAAUGAUCCUAUCCUGUUAGAGAAUUCUCAGGCCAGAAAACAAUCCAUUAAAGAGCAAAAAAAGAUUAAAGCUGGAAAGCAAAUAAAAAAUUGUUCUCCUACAUCAAAAGAUUCUGCUGAAAGAGCUUUAACAUCAGAAGCAGAUUUAGAGAAGAAGCAGAUUGUUAAAAAGAUAAUAAACGUUUCGAGUAAGAUGAAAGAAAUACAGGAAUAUGAUAUGCAGAUUGGCAAGAAAAUAAAAAAUGAUCCUAUCAAGUUAAAAAAAGCAGUUGAGAAAGACAUUUUGCAUACAAAGCAGCAACAGGAACUUUUUACUGCUUUGAGUGAAGGCAGCAUAUUGAAAGUUAUAAAGUCCAUUAGAAAAGGUGCAGAUAUUAAAGCACUGGAUAUAAAUUUAUGGGCAUCUUUGCAUUUUGCGGCUAAAGGACCAAGUUUAGAGGUCCUUAAGUUUGUGCUACACUAUAAUUUUGAUCCUAAUGUGAGAAAUGCAUCGUUACAAACAGCUUUACAUAUUGCUGCAAUCCAUGGAAGACUAGUCAUAGUUGAUUAUUUGAUUGAAGUAGCUAAUACUCCAAUUGAUGACAGAGACAUUGAUGGGAAAACUCCUCUGCAUUAUGCAUGCGAGAACGGUCAUCUAGAUGUUACAAAAUAUUUGAUAAAACACAAGGCCAAGACAAAUUCAAAAGAUGUUUUUGGAUAUUCUCCAAUGUACUAUGCAAUUGCAAAAAGUCACAAUGAGAUUGCCAAUUUCCUUAUGGAAAAAGAAUAUAGCGUCAAUGUUAUUGUAGGUCCGUGUAAGCUUACAGCUUUACAUAUAGCUGCAGGGAAAGGAUGUCUAGAUAUGAUCAAUUCUUUGUUAAAAAAGGGCGCAAAUGUCAAUUUUCUUUCUGAUAUGCAUAUUGUGCCACUUCAUUAUGCUGCUAAAGGAGGCCACUUUGAAGUUGUCAAGUGCUUAAUUGAAAAAGGUGCCAAAGUUGAUGUUGAAAGUGUAGAUGGAUUGACGCCCUUACAUUGGGCAGCAGAAACGGGUAACAAAGAAAUAGUUGAUAUUCUGCUAUUUAAUGGAGCUAAUACCAAUGCCACUUACCUCAAUAGCAUUUCUCCUCUCGCUUUCGCAGCAAAGAAUGGGUAUUCAUCUAUAGUAAAAAUUUUAAUAGAUAAUGGAGCAAAUGUCAAGACAACUUCUUUCGAAAUCAAUCCAAUAUUUUUUGCUGCCCAUUUUGGUCAUUACGAGUGUGUAAAAACAUUAAUGCACAAAAUCGAUAAUGACAUCAAAACUUCUGCUUUACACGAAGCUACAAUUAAUGGCCAUUUGGACAUAGUGAAAGUACUAGCUGCUGAAGUAUCCGAUAUUAACGCUGUGUAUAAUGGUACUGAUUUCACAGUUCUGCAUUUGGCUGCUUCUGAAGGGCAAACGGAUAUAAUUAAAUUUCUCAUUGAUAAAGGUUGUAAUAUUAAUUCGAAAGCUGGUAGUGACAAGCCGAAACGAAUUUUGUGUCCUGGUAACCAAGUUUUUUCAGAUUUCAUAAACUCGCUAAUAGAUAAAAGUGGUAAAAUCAAUGAUAGCACAGGUGAUGGCCAAACUGCUUUACACUUGAGUGCGAGCAAAGGACACAGAGAUACAGUUCGACAGCUGUUACAAUUAAAAGCUGACAUUGGUAUAAUGGACGACUUCGGCAGAACACCAUUGCAGAUAAUGAUAAUGAAAGAUAUGGCAGAUCUCCUCAUGGAAGAAAAGGAAGUAAACGUGAAUAUUCCAAAUUGUGGCGAAUUCACAGCACUACAUUUAGCUGCAGCCAAGGGCAACGAAGAAUUCUUAAAUCACUGCAUAAAAAAAGGCUUGAAAGUAAAUAUUUCAGGUACAACUGGUCUAACAGCACUACAGAUAGCUGUGACUUGCAAUCAAAAACAUAUAGUAGAAUAUCUUCUUAAAAAUGGAGCUAAGAUCGAUGUUGUAAGUGAUGAAGGCUACACUGCAAUAUCUGCUGCUAUCGAACAAAAUAACAAAGAGCUUCUUAAACUGUUAAUUGAUAGAAAUGCCAAAAUGAGUGCUGAAGAAGAAAGAGAAUACAUGUUCACAUCUGUCAGGAAUGGACAUGAAGAUAUUGUUGAAUACUUCAUAACUAAAAAUCCCAAUAAUGUAGUUGCCAAUCCGGUGAAUAAUCAAUAUCCUCUUCAUGUGGCAGUUCAGAACGGGCACUUGAAUAUAGUGAAAAAACUCCUGAAAGAACUUAAUAAAAAGGAAGAAAUAAAGAAGAAAGAAAUUAAUUUAAUAAAUCAACAUUUCAUGACUCCACUCUUAAAUGCAGUGGCACUUGACUUUUGUGAGAUAGCCCAUGUUCUGCUUUCAAAUGGAGCUGACCCAAAUAUUGAUACUCCUGAAGGAUUCAUGCCAAUUCAUGUGGCCAUUAUGAAUGGCCAUACUAAAAUGAUAGAGAUUCUCUUGAAGUUUAAAGCAAACAUUCUUGUAAAUGUACCUCCUGGUUUAUCAACCAUUGAACUAGCUAUCCAGUUCAAAAAUUUAGAGCAUGUAGAAUUAUUAUUGCAACAGCCUGAAGUAGAUGUUAAUGCUAAAAAUAACAGUGGUUGCAAUCUCUUGCAUAAAGCUGCAUCUAAUGGUUGCUUAGAAAUAAUCAAACUUUUAAUCAAUAAAAAUGCCAAUGCCAAUGCAAAAGAUAUUAAAGGUGCCAAACCCAUACAUUACGCUGCCAUAAAUGGACAUCAAGAUAUUGUGCAGUAUUUUAUGGAAUUGGGAAUGAUGAUUAAUGAGAAAGGGGGGAAGAAUUGGAGUUUGUUACACUAUGCAGCAGCUGGAAAUCAUUCAGAAAUCUGCGACUUUCUUUUAAAAAACGGUUUAGAUGUAAAUGUUACUGAUAUUCAAGGCAAUACUGCACUUCAUGUGGCAGCUGAAAUGGGUCAUAUUGAUGUUAUUCACUUAUUAUUACAAAAUGAAUCACAUUAUGAUAUUCGCAACCAAAGUAACAAAACACCACUGGAUGUUACAGACUGGGAGAAUCUUCGAAUUAAGACUUCUCUAACGCUAAUUCAAAAUUUAUUUACAGCAGUUCAAAAGAAUGAACUCAAAAAAACAGAAAUUCUUUUAAAUAAAGGUAUAACAUUUUCAGAAUUUGGAUAUGCAAAUAUAAAAAAUUCAAUAAACAUUGCACUUAUCCAUUACGCUGCAAUGCUGGGUUAUGAAGAAAUUGUAAAUAUCUUAUUGAAAUAUAAAGCAAAUGUUAAUAUCACAAAUGAAAAUGGUGGUACAGCCUUACAUUAUGCUUGUGAAUUCUCACAUUACAGGAUUGUCAAAAUUUUAUUGCUUAAUGGAGCAGCUUUUGAAGCACAAUGUAAAAUCAAAAAGACACCUGUUGAAUGUGCUACAAAUGAAAGCAUUAUCAACUUUUUAAAAUUUGUAAAGGAAAUGUUUGACAGAACUCAGAAUUGUGACAUCUGUAUCCUUGAAGAUUUAAAAGAAAUAGAAGAUUUGGACACAGCAAAAGCUGUGCUGAGAGCAAAAGAUAAUGAUGGCAGGAAUUUAGCAAGCUUUGCUAUUGUCAACAACCAUCCAAAGGCUGAACAACUUAAAGAACUGUUUCAAACUGACACAAUUAUUCCUAUCAAAAUGGCUCUAAUUUUCUAUGUGCAAGGCCAGUAUCAGGAAUCUCUCAAACAGUACAACACAGUUUUGAAAAAAAGAAUUGACCUGUUUGGUGAAGAUAAUCCAGGAGUUUGGGAUAUUCAAUUCAAAAUGUCUGCAAUACAUAUUUACCUAAAUAAUUAUGAUGAAGCAUUAGGUUUGGCAGAGCAUGUAUAUGAGAAACGUAAACAAAUGCUUGGUAGAUUUAGAAAAGAAACUUUAGCUGCUAAAACUCAACUAGCAUUAAUACUAGGUUACAAAGGAAAAAAGCAACAAGCAGUUAAUAUUUUAGAAGAAAUUUCAAACAUGCAAAAAGAUAUUCUCGGUUUAUGUCAUAUUGAGACUUUGACAACUCUAACCUACAUGACACAAUUGUUAUUUGACAUAAAUAAUUUAGAAAAAGGCUUAGAAGUCUGUGAGGAAAUAUUAUCAGCACUUAAUGUAUAUUCUAAAACCUGCUGGUGGGUAUGGAAUAUUGAGAAUACAAAAGGAAAUAUAUUAAGUAAACAAGGCAAGCAUAAAGAAGCAAUGAAAAUAUUUGUGAAGUGUUAUGAAAUGAAGAAAAGAAUGCACGAGUUUUUUCAUUCUGAUCUUUCACUGACAUUGUACAAUAUAGCAGUUCUAUUUCUAUUAAUGGGUCAAGAAGAUGAAUCUUUAGAGAAUUUUCAGAAAGUUCUGGAAUUACAAAUGCAAAACUUGUGUCCUGAACAUCCUGAUAUUCUACAGACUCGGCACUGCAUAGCAAACAUUCUCUUUGCACAAAGAAGGUUUUAUGAGGCUCUUAAAAUUUAUGAAGGAGACUUCAAAUUGAGAAAAAUAAUUUUAGGUGAAGACAAUCCUGAAAUUAUUCAGACCCUGCAGAGAAUCAAUUUCAUUAAUUUUAAAUUAAAGUCUCAUUUUUUUGACAUAGACUUAAAAUGGAAAUUUAAAACAUCAACAGUUUUACAUUAAUUAUAUAUAUAAUUUCUUAUCUUUCUGCAUACAUUCAAGUGUGUUUAAAUCUAUUGUUAAUUCAGAAAUCCUUUUUCACUAGUGAACUUCUGAAAUGUAAUUCAUAUAUUAAAUAUUUGCAUGUAUGUAAUUCAAAAUAAAUCAAUUCACUCCAUUUAAUUCCUUAUCAACUGUUUUAAAAGGAAGAUGGGCUUAGAUAGAAAGUUUCAAAAAAUUUCAUUUACAAACAAAAUUUUAUUCAAAAAAAUCUUUUCACCCUUACUAUUUCAAUGAAUCACUAGCUGAAAUAUUUGUGAAGCAAUGAAGCAAGAGAAAAAUUGAUUUCAAUAAACAUUUGCCAAUGAAUAUAGAUGUUUUUUUUUUAAUUAUAUGUAUUACUUAAAAAAAAUUUUUUUUUUGUACUGAUACAUGUAGGAGCAUAUCUUAAUAAUCUUAUGAAAAUAAAAGACUUAGCUGAUGUUAUUUAAUUAUAAACUAUACUCAGAUACUAUUCUAGAAGUAAAACUGCUAUCAUGCCAUCAAAUUUCAGCCUCCUUCCCCCAAUCUAUAUUACAGAGCUUCUCAGAUUUAAAUGUUAUACUAUAUAAGACCAUAACACAGGUAUUUUUCAGUUAAAAAUCAAUACAAGCUAAUGGAAAGUUUAUAAUCAAGGAAUGGAGCAUUUUAAUCGUAUAUAAUUCAGUUAUGGAAUAUAUAUGGAAUGUUUACUCCAUAAUAAAAUUUAAAUAUGCUCUACAUUAUAAUAAAU